AUGACCGUGACCUGCUGCUGCCCAGACAAGGUCUUUCAACUCUUGCGGAGCCCUCGCGGUGGUAGCCGCCGCCCUUCCCAAUUCUUGUCGCAGGCGAUUCGACGGCGAAUCCUGAAGCAGCAUGGGGACACGCAGGACAUUCACACCCUGCUCCUGUGCCCAGAUCCCUCUCGACGCCUCAGCAAGUCUUACCACUCUGCUGUCCCACUUGGGGCAGGGGGAUUCGGGCAAGUCUUCCGAAUGGAACACAACUUGACCGGAGAGACGCGAGCCAUUAAGGUCAUCCUCAAACCUCCAGAGGUUGAAGAGCUGCAGAGGAUCUUGAACGAAGUGUGUGCGCUCCUGCAACUGGACCACCCGAACAUUGCUAAGCUCUAUGAGUAUUUUGAGGACCGCAAGGCCAUCUACAUGGUCACCGAGCUGUGUACAGUUGGCAACUUAGGGGAGCUGGACCCGCUUGAGGAUGACAUGGAUGAGAUCCGGCUUCUGUUCCGAGAUGUCAUGCGUGCAGUGGCGUACUGUCACUCAGAAGGCAUUGCGCACAGAGACCUGAAGUUCGAGAACUGCUUGCUGACCGAUUGCCCAGGCAGAAGAUCUGGGCGCAUCGCAAAGGUUAUAGAUUUUGGCCUUGCUCGAAUGAAGCGGGCAGGAAGCACAGGAAGCAACUGGAUGAAUGAAGUAGUAGGAACCCUGUACUUUCUGGCCCCCGAGGUCUUGAAGAGUCAAGAUCCCUUGUACAGCUAUGGCUUCGAGUGUGACUUGUGGUCCCUUGGGGUCAUGAUUUUCUUUGUCUUGACUAACGAGCAUCCCUUUUGCAGUUCUGCCUCUGGGCCGGAGGAUGCGUACAGGCGCAUCACUCGCGGCUCCCUCCGAGCGUCGUACUUGAAGGCCCCCGGGGUCCCCGAGGACGCCGAGCGUCUUGUGAAGCUGCUCCUGGUGAAGGAGCCGCGGAAUCGGAUAAGUGCGGCCAAUGCACUCCUGCAGCCCUGGCUGAGUCCCGAAGGCCUCAGCGAUAACGAGAGCGAGGGUUCCGGAUCGCCGUUCCAGGCCGCACACUUGGCGGGCAGAGCGGGCCAGCUCAAGUGCCUGGUGGAGCGUAUCCUGUCCUUUGCGAAGUUCUCUCGCUUCGAGCAGGCGAUCCUGACAGUGGCUGCCCAUGCAGCGAAAGGCAAAGACAUCGAGAACCUCACUGCUGUGUUCGCGUGCCUGGACUCUUCAAACCAUGGCUGGAUCACGUGCGAUGACUUGCGUCGUGCCCUGACAGCGGCAGAAAUCAGCUUAAACGGCCUAGAGGAGGAGGCGGUGCUCGGUGCUCUAGACCCAGACUCGGACGAGAAGAUCCAGUAUACGGAUUGGGUGGCAGCAACCUUGAAGCCAGCACAUGUCACGUCUGACAAGAGCGUCGAGGAGCUGUUCAACUUCUUUGACCUACGCGGAAGGGACCAGAUUACACUUGACGACUUGGUCCAAGUUCUUGGACAAGAGAUGGGGUGCCAUGCGGCCAUGCAGGCACAUGCCAACGAAGAAGGCGUUAUCUCAAAGAGCAGCUUUCGAAGCUUUAUCUUGAAUGCCAUGGCUAAGCUUGAACUUCAGUUCCAACAAGACAAAGAGACACGGGCUUGUCUUGACACAUGUUCGGCUGUACAAAAAGAAGUUCCUUCCCCAUCAGGCGCUCCCAUGUGCAUGCCGUCUUGA